UCUGCCCUGGCCAGCCAGGAACAGCCGGUGUCACUGCAGGGGACUUGGGGGUGAGUCUGGCCCCACUCCACAGCUCCUCCUCGAGCAGGGGGUGCGGGUUGGGGUGAGCAGGCGCAGCUGCGGGCCGGCAGGUGCUGGGUGGGAGUGCCGCUGUGUCGGUUAAUGUGUCACUGGGCCAGGCCCUGGCAGCAGUGCAGCUAGGAGGGGACGGCAGCGGUGGCAGCGGUAGCAGCGAUGGCAGCGGGCUGCAGGCAGGGCUGUGGCAGACCAUGCCAGGACACCCACUGGGGACUCCUCCUGCCUGCACCUCGGCCUGGGGGCACUGGGAGCAUUCGUGGUGUGGGGAUGGAUGAGAAGCUGCGGGACCUGCGGUUGCAGGAGGAGAGGACCUUCCUGCAGAGCAUGGCGUGGGAGGAUGUGAUGGAGCAGCCCCCCAGCCGGCGGGACAGCCGGGCUCUGGCCAUCAUCCCCGAGCCCCUUGCCAGUGAUGCCGCACCCAACAGCCCCAAGUCGCACAGGGACCUCAGCCUGAUCGCGGAGGCGGUGGGGCGCAGCGAGUUCCUGCGGCGCCUGGGCGAGGGCUGCCCUGAGGCACUGGCCCAGAGCUUCACCACUGUCCGGCAUGGCCCUGGGGACACUGUGCUGGCUGAGGACACCGAAGGCACUGCCAUGUACAUUGUGGCAGAGGGGCAUCUCAGUGUGAGCCAGCGGGGCCAGCAGCUCCGCACGCUGGGACCAGGUGACGUGUUUGGCGAGCUUGCCAUCCUCUACCACUGCAAGCGCACGGCCACCGUGAGGGCUCUCAGCCCUGUGCGCCUCUGGGCCAUCGACAGGCAGCGGUACCGGGCCAUCGCCACCAGCAAUGCCAAGCAGAGACGAGUGGAGCUCCUGGGGUCCCUGCGGAUGGUGCACUGGCUGCAGGACCUCUCCGACAGCCACCUCUGCAAGCUGCUGGAUGCCAUGGAGGAGUGCACCUUCCCGCCCGGCCACAUUAUUAUCCACGAAGGAGAUGAGGGGGAGAACUUCUACAUCAUCCUGAGGGGUGAGGUGCGGGUCAGCCAGCGGGCAGGCGGGGGGCAGCGGCUCAUCCGUGUCCUGGGCGCUGGGCAGCACUUCGGGGAGCUCUCCCUGCUGCGGAACAGCCGCCGCACAGCCUCAUGCCAGGCCCAGGGACAUGUCACCUGUGUCACCAUGGCCAAAGAAGACUUCCUCGAGAUCAGCCCCUUCUGCCCUCAGCUGCUCCUAGAGCCGAACACGACUGAGCCAGAAGUACCGGCCCCAGAGGAUCCUGGAAAGGAAUUGGGGUCUCCAAGCCUGCGGCAGCCCCCAGCACCAGUGCGACUGGAGGACCUGGUGGCUGUGCGCUACAAGGAGGGGCAGUGGCAGGGCCAGCACGUCAUCCUGGGCACUGGCGGCUUUGGCAGGGUUGAGCUGGUCCAGUACCGGGAGAGGCUCUUUGCACUGAAGCGGAUCCGCAAGGACUGGGUGGUGCGGACGCAGCAGCAGGAGCACGUCCGCACGGAGCGGCGGGUGCUGGCAGGCAGCCGCAGCCCCUUCAUCGUGGGUUUUUUUGGCACCUUCCGGGACAGGCAGUACAUCUACCUGCUGCUGGAGUUCUGCCAGGGCGGUGAGCUGUGGACCAAGCUGCGUGAGAUGCGCUUCUUUGAGGAGCCGUUGGCUGUGUUCUGCUGCGCCUGUGUUGUUGAGGGUCUUGAGUACCUGCAUGGCCGUGGCAUCAUCUACCGUGACCUGAAGCCUGAGAACCUCAUGCUGGACCAGCGUGGCUACAUCAAGCUGGUCGACUUUGGCUUUGCCAAGGAGCUGGGACGGGGGGAGAAAACCUACUCCUUCUGUGGGACCCCUGAGUACCUGGCUCCUGAGAUGCUGCGCCAGGAGGGUCACGACUUCGCUGUUGACUUCUGGAUGCUGGGCAUCCUUGCCUUUGAGCUGCUUGUGGGCAGGCCCCCCUUCCACAGCGCCGACCCCCAGCAGAUCUACAGCCGCAUCCUGGAUGGCAUCUUCUCCUUCCCUGCCUUCCUCAGCGAGGCUGCCUGCUCCCUCAUCAGCAAGCUCUGCAGGCGCCGUCCGGGGCAGCGCCUAGGGAACACGGCCAGUGGCAUCCGUGGCAUCAAGAAGCACAGGUGGUUUGGGGCCCUGAAGUGGAGGAAGCUUGCGCUGCGGCAGCUGGAGGCACCUACCCGGCAGCUCAUCAAGGAGGGACCUCCCUAUGCCAACUUCAAGCGUUUCUCCACCGACUGGACACCAGCAGAAGAUGAGUUCUCGGGCUGGGAUGAGGAUUUCUGAUGGCAGCAGGAACCCCGGGCUGGGCUGGCUGUGCCCCCUCCCCACCACAGCCCCAGGCCAGGGUGAUGCUGGGUGCUGCCCUGUGGCCUUGUGCUCUCUCAGGGCUGGGGGAGGGCUGCCCCAGGACAAUAAAUCGUGGUGCUGCCACCAGGCGCAGGAAGGA